CAGAGUUACAAGGCAGGCGCGUUGGUCGGUCGUUUAGAACAAAUUUCUUUAAUUUUUUCUAAGUUGUUGAAUGGACUGUUUAAUGAACUGUUCCGCGUUUACAAAGUGUGCAAAUGUUAUCGGAAUGUGAUAAACUUUGUGAGUGUGCUUGAGAAACUUGGAUAUUCUUGAAAGUACCUAUUUGGACAUAACCUAACUUAUAGUUCUCAAAUCAAAUUGGAGUUUGGGAAACGGUCUUGUGUGUGGAAAUAACAGGAAUAUUGAAUUUUGAAUUGAUAUAUUUCAAAUCUAGAUUGUGAAGUGACUGAAGCAGGAUCCUGUGACAUUAUUAACUGUUAUUCAACGACCUACUUUUGUGAACUGUUAUAAAUAUAAGUACUUACGUCGUGAACUCGAGGAAAUAACCUCAUGUCAGUUUUCUUUUCAAAAGUUAAUAACUAUAAUAUUGAUCAAUGCAUAUAACAUCACUGCCAUAAACUAAAUUAUGACUAUUUUGUGCGAGUAGAAAGAAGUGUGUGGGUGAAGGUAUAAUUUUUUCGAAAAUGCGUUGCCACAAGAAAACCAAAGAAAGCGGAUUUUUCGAAGGUGACUCGUCUGAUACAGAUGGCAUGAAUAUGGGGAGGGCUUUGAAAAGAACUAAAGUAUGCACUACUUCCAGUGAAAAGCGAAUUGAGUAUACCCAAGAAGAACUGGAAACUCAUAUCAGGAAGUCAUUAUCAGAAGUUAACCUUUCCGGAGUUGGACGAGUGGAUAUGUCACAUUUUGAUUUGCUCAAAGUAUUAGGAACUGGAGGUGAGUAG